UGUUCGUGUUGCUUUUUCCAUGAAUGUGUAAAAAUCUUACAAAACAGUGCUUUGUUAUGUGUUGACUGAUUAAAUAGAGGUGUUAUUGAUUAUUUACAAUGGCAGAUUUUGACGCAAUUUAUCCAGAUGAAACAGAAAGUGAAGAAAAUAUAGAAGAGACACAUGUGACGUUAGUACCUGAUCCAAUCAUCGUCCGUGGAGCUGGGAAUAUGACAGUUUUUGGUCUGAGCAACCGCUUCAACACAGAGUUCCCAUCGGGGCUGCAGUCUCGAGUGGCACCAGAAGAGUACCAGGCCACAGUGUCGCGGAUCAACAGUGUGCUCAAGAAAACCUUGCCGGUCAACGUGAAAUGGCUGUUCUGUGGCUGCGUGUGCUGCUGCUGCACUCUCGGAUGCUCUCUCUGGCCCGUCAUAUGUCUUAGUAAAAGGACGCAACACUCACUGAACAAGCUGCUGGAGUGGGAGAAUAGCAGGUUGUACAACAAACUCGGGCUUCGCUGGCGGAUCACCAAGCAACACUGCGACUCCUCCUCCAUGAUGGAGUAUGUACUCCUCAUCGAAUUCAUACCGAAGAUUCCCAUAUACAGGCCAGACUAAAUCUACUUUGAAUUGCCAGAAUCACAGGCUUACACCUUGUAAAUACCAUAUAUCUAAAUUAUUAACGUCUUCAAAUCUCAACAAGUAACAUUUACAUGGAUAAGCCUACAUUAGGUAAGUAAUGAAACGGAUUAUAAUAGGAGAAAUGCAUGACUCAACUUUUUCAAGAAUUGCUAAGAGCUGUAAAUAUACAUACUUUUAAACUAAAGUGUAUUAAUACUGACAAAUAAAGUUGUAUGUUAACUGCUUUUUUACGUAUAAUAGAGUCACUAUAUGAAUAUUGCAAGCUUCCUUUUGUUUAAGAACGCAACAUGUUAGGAUUACUUUUAAGAGUUCGAAGGAUUGUUAUUGAAGUCGACCUCGCUAUUUUUUUUUUAUAUGAUUGGUAUUUAUGUGAAGAGGAAUGGAUACAAUGUACAUAUUUUGUAAUUUUAGUUUAAUAUAAUUUGGCAUGUGCAAUUCAAGGUAUUUUGAUAAUCGAAUUUAUAUAAUUAUACAUGUUAUUAAUACAUUUUACACGUUAAUUUAUUAGUGAUUUCAAACAUUACUCCAGAUACUUCUUUAUCUGAUAGUUUAUGUUAACAUUUUGUACUAGUACAUCAAUUCUUGCUCGAUCACUUUUUAUUUAAAAUAUCGAAAUGACUUGGUUAAAGUUGUAGGCACUUUAAAAGUAAAAAUAUUUUUGAAUAUUUCAGUUCCAUAUACUGCAAUUAGAUUAUGGAGGUAAAAAUUUCAUUUAGCAUCAAAAAUUUUAUAAUGUAUUCCCAUCUUACCAAUGUUAGUUAGAUACCUAUAUGGUUACAGCCACCACUUAGUACCGACUACUUGCGUGAUUGUUUGUCUUUAAAACAUUGAAGCUAUAACAUUCUU